GACACGUGAUCUCUUACAUUAGUCAUACUGGGUUGGAUCUGCUUUAUUUUCUGGAUGUAUGCAUGAACAACGUAUUGUUCCAUGCAUGAAAAUUUUUAAUGAAAAGGUUUCAUGCGUUAAAAAAUAGCAGUGUGAUUUAAUUAUCAUAAUUACUCGAUGUUAAAUCUUAAAUGUAAAACGUUGAAUACUUUGGAGUCAAAUUAUUAUGAAAAAUUAAAUUUAUCAAUCCCAAAAAAGUAAACCGAUUGUAUUUUUAACAAAACAAGAAUUUGGACUAGGCAAAUUUUGGCUAUGUAUAAUAAAUUAAUAUUACUUGUCACCACAAUAAAAAGUUCAGACAUGGAAACUAUCUGAUUAUUUCCGGCCAAAGUAGGUCAGAGUUGACCCAUAAAUACAUUAAUGACAAUUAGAAAAGAAAAUGGUAAGAAAAUAAAGGGUAUGAUAUAGCCACAUUGUAGAAGUUUUUAUUUUAAUUUAUACAAAAGAAAUUCAAGUUUCUUACCCAAAAAUGGGCGAGGUUUUCGUGCACUUAAAAAAGUUCAUGUGAGAUUACAAUAUUUUAUUUUAUGUAAUCUAUUUUUUUCUAAAACAUUUACCAUAAAUUUAUCGCGUAUUUACAAAAAAAAAAAUGAUAUCUUACAAUUUUGCUGAUUUUCCUCUCUAUAAAGUGCUAUCUGUAUACUGAGCCCUAGAAAAGAAAUAAAUAAAGGUCUUGAGGGAGACAAUAAAGAUAGAAAGUCAUUUAUUUUGGCACGAAUAUGAUGGUCAAUGUUAUUAAUGCUAUAAAAUCAGACAAUUGUAUUGGUAUCAAAGAGACACCAAGCCUCAGAGUCAAAGGAUCACAACUAAACAAAUAAGAAAUCAGUUUUUUGCUAUGAAUCAAUAAGCAAAAGAAAUACUUUUGAAGCUUUUCUUUUGCCCGCUGAAAAAUCAUGGGGUGUUGCCACUCAUUGUCGUCCGGGGAAGUUCCUCAACAGCGAGCCCACCAAAACCACGGAGAAGGAGAUCCACCAUUGACAAAGUUCUCCUUCUCCGAUCUCAACGUGGCCACCGAAAAUUUUAGUUUGAAAAAUGUUGUUUCAGAGAGCGGAGGAGAAUCGUCCAAUAUUGUCUACAAGGGCCGUUUGCAGAAUCAUGGCUUGAUCGCUGUUAAAAAAUUUAAUAAUAUGGCUUGGACUGAUCCUAAGACAUUUGUGGAGAAGGCACAUAGAGUUGGGGGGAUAAAGCACAAGAGACUCGUUAAUUUGAUUGGAUAUUGCUGCGAAGAAAAUGAAAGGCUUCUCGUUGCCGAGUUCAUGCCAAAUGAUACUCUUGCUAAGCAUUUGUUCCGUCGGAAAAAUCAUACCAUGGAAUGGGAAGUGCGAUUGAAAGUAGCAUAUUCUAUAGCUGAAGCAUUGGAUUGUUGUAGUAGUGCAGGCUUUGCAUCCUACAAUAAUUUAAGUGCUUACUCAAUUCUGUUUGAUGAGAAUGGGGAUGCAUGUCUUUCCUGUUUUGGGUUAAUGAAGGAGACCAACAAUGAUCGAAAAACAACCGGAAGUGUGAACCCUGAAAGUGUGAUGUUUAGAUUUGGUACCAUCCUUGUGGAUUUGCUAAGUGGAAAGCCAAUUCCUCCAAGCCAUGCUCAUGAUAUGAUACAUGGGAAAAAUGUUGCUGAGUUGAUUGAUCCAAACUUGAAGGGAAAGUUCUCUGCAGACGAAGCUACCAUAGUUUUCAAACUCGCCUUUAAAUGUCUGCAAUACGAGGAUAGAGAGAGUCGCAACACAAAACACAUUGUUAGAACACUUGAAACCUUGCAAACUAAAACAGAUGCUCCAUCUUACGCAAUGCUUGAAAUGGCACAUCAUAGAGAGUUAUCUUCGAAUAAACUUUCGCCACUAGGAAAGGCCUGUUUGAGAAUGGACCUCACAGCUAUUCAUAAAAUCUUGGUGAUAGCAGAAUAUGAAGAUGACAAGGAGGUGGUUGAGUUCUCUUUCGAAGAAUGGAUGGAAGAGGCAAAAGAUAUUCAAGAGGUUCGAAAACAUGGUGAUCAAGCCUUCCUAGAGCAAGACUUUGAAACCGCCAUUAACUGUUAUUCUCAGUUCAUUGAUUCUAGGAGAACGGCGUAUCCAAGUGUUUAUGCGAGGCGUAGUCUAUGCUAUUUAUUCUGCAAUCAACCAGAUCGAGCACUUCACGAUGGGAUGAUUGCGCAAGAAGUAUUCCCUGAUUGGCCAACCGCCUUCUACUUGCAGUCUGUGGCACUAUCCAAAUUAAAUAUGAUCACUGAUUCUGCUGAUACUUUGAAAGAAGCAACUCUUCUUGAAGCAAAAAGACAUCACCGUAAGCAAGAUUCUUGAUUUUGCUGAUCUAUACUUUUGUCCUGUGUAAACUCUGAGAUGAGGAUAUACAAAUGUUGAAACAUUUUUCCUUCUUGCAGUGACCAUAUUUUGAAUUAGUUUUGUUUAAUUACAUUUCAAGAAAAAAUAUAAAAACAUAAAAGAUUUAUUUCCAUAGAAUGAUUUCUAAAGAGAAAGUCGAACAUAAUCAUUUACAUUUCGAAAUUUAUUGCACUUAACAGUGAAAAUUCUAUAAUUAAUAAUAUUGGGACUUUGAUAUUUUAUUCUAUAAAAUAUGAAAAUGGUUGAUUCUACCGUAUAUAAAUGCUAAAUUUUAUAUAUUUGACUUUCAUAUCUUUUUAUCGUACUAUUUGGUGUAUACGAAAUAUGUUCUCUAGAAUUUAAAUAUGAUUUUAGAUAUAAUUUUAACAAAUAUUAUUCAAAUAUUUAUAAAUAUU